AUGAUAUCGAAUAAUUUCAUAAACCUGUUGAAGAGGUCGCCACCACUUCUAAAGUCUUCACUAUCUUUCUUUUCAACUACAAUACCAAAAUUUAACAACUCAAUCACAACAGAAUUAUCAUCAUCAUCAAUAUCAUCUAUUCCAAUAUCAUAUUCAGAUUUCAUUCCAACAACAGAAGAACAUAAAAAAUUCAUAACAAGAAAAACUGAAAAACCAUUAUUUUCAAGAAGAACAUAUCUUAUAGAUUUAUAUAAAUAUAUAAAUGAUAAUAAUGAAAUUUUAUUAUUUAUUCAUCAUAAUAAUCUUAAUAAAAAUGAAAAUAAAAAAUUAAGACAAGAUUUAAAUAAAAUUGAAAGUAAAUUAACAAUGCUUAAAAAUUCAAUUUAUAAAACUUAUUUAAGAUCAUCUCAUGAAAUCGAUCCAGCUUUAGUUGGGAAUAAUAAUAAAAAUAAGAAGAACAAACGUAAAUCAAACAAUAAUUCAUUAAAUAAUUUAGAUUCUUUAUUUGUUGGACCAACAGCUAUAAUAAGUAUACCAAAAUGUGAACCUUCAAAAGUUUUACAAAUUUCAAAAUUAAUAAAACUGUUAAAUGAAAAAAUUAUAAUUAUAGGUGCAAAAAUUGAUCAAAAUUCAAUAUUAAAUUUAAAAGAAAUUGAUGAAUUUAAAUUUUUACCAAAUAAAGAAACGUUACAAGGUCAAUUAAUUGGUUUAUUAACUAUGAUGGGUGGUGUUGGAUUAGUUAAAACUUUAGAAACUCCUAGUCAAAUGUUAUAUUUAACUAUGAAACAACGUGAAACAGAUCUUGAUCCUAAUUCAAAAACUGAGGAAGAGAAUAAGUAA